UCCCUCGUAACCACGGAUCCGGCCCCGAUUGUCGAGCCCUGCCCGAUCGUCACACCGGGAAGAAUGACCGUAUUCGCUCCGAUCCAGCAAUCAUCCUCGAUGAAGACCGGAUGCCCGAACUCGACCCCCCUCCGUCGCGAGAGAACACUGGGAUCGUGGCUGGCGGCAAUGAUGCUGACGUUCGACGCGAUCUGGACCCGGUCCCCGAUGACGACCAGGCUGGUGUCGAGGACGGUGAGUCUGAGGAUAUUAGCCAAUUCCAAGAGGGGUGUCUUUGUCCAGGGUAUAGCCACUCAUCGUCUCAAGGACAACAUCACUCACGCGGUGAAAUAA